AAGGCUGACUUAUUUAAAAGCUAGAGGUGCAUUUUGAAGCCACAACCCUAUUUUUCAACUGGUCGUUCACCAGACUACAGCACCGUUUCCGUUCAAUUGAACGUUCUAUUACGUUUUUAUGCACUGAACGCUGCCCUACAUAGCCUGCUGGCGGACCUUCACCUUCUUCUCCACUUGGUACUUCCACUAUUUUGCAUGAGAUAAGCCUACAGAUCGUCCUCCUGGCCGUGAAUGCGUGUCAGUGUUUCAGUGUGACCGUUUAUGAGGAUAAGUUUCUAGUGCAAUUGGCUAAGUGAAGAAAUCUUCGGGGCUGGAUUGUGAAAAAGUUCUGCAUCACUAUGCGAGCGAUUAACCUCGAUACCUACAGCCUGUCACUGCUUACGGCCAAAGAGGACAUUCUCAACCCCCGCUCAUCAACCAACUGGGCUCUGUUCACCUACGAUGGGGCCACUAACAACCUCAAACUGGCUGAUUCUGGAGCAGGUGGAGUGGUGGAGCUGUCAGAGAAGUUCCUCAUAGCCAGACCUCAGUAUGGGCUCUGCAGAGUGGGCUCAGCCGAGGUAGGAGGCCCUCGCGUCGCCAUGAUCUGCUGGGUCGGGCCAAAUGUGGAUGAGAACCGCAGGACAGAAUGUGCCAGCCAUGUGCCUGCUAUCAAGACCUUUUUCAAGGAGGCCUAUGUGUUUAUCAGUGCUGAGAGUAAGGAGGAUGUGACAGAGGAGAAGAUAGGUGCUGAGCUCAAUAAAGUCCGCUCCCCGACAGAUCAUGUCAGAAGAAGCAGUCGGUCCAAGGACAAGGAGACAGUGGGCACGAACUACAGAAAGACUAACGCUGCGAUGGAGAUGAGCCGCGCCAACAGAGACUCCUUCUGGGCACGUGCAGAGCGUGAGGAGGAGCGGAGGAAGGAAGAGGAGAGGAAGCGUGCAGUGGAGGACAGACGACGUUGGGAGAAAGAAAGAGUUUUGAAGGAACAGAAAGAGGCUGACGAGAGGGAGAGGAAGAUGAACGAGAAACUACAGAUGAUCGAAGAGCAGAGGAGAAUGCAGGUCCAGCUGGAGGCAGAAGUGAGGAAACAGGAGAAAUCUAGAUGGGAGCUGCAGGAGAGAGAGCAUGAGGAGGACAUGAGAUUUCGUUUCAGACGCAGCGAGUCCAUUGAGAAAGCAGCAGAGGCAGCGAUGCUGGUAUCACAGCGCUCCAUGAACCCCAGAGAGUUUUUCAGACAGCUGUCAUCAGUAUCAUCCCAUAGCCCAUCCAGCCCCGGCUCCCCCCGCACAGUCAAACCUCCUUUAAGGCGGUACCAGCGCAGCUUGACUGACACAGCAUUCAACUUUGGGAAAUCGGACAGCCCCACCCCCACUUCCCCCCGCAGUCCCACAUUGGUCUCCCGCUUCCCAACCUCCCCCUUCCACCGCACCAUGUCCCCGCCCAGCCCCAUCUUCCGCCCAAUCACCUCUCCCCAGAGCCCUCGCGCGCCCCUGGUGUCCCCUCCGAAAUCGUCCCUCCACUCAUCCCCACCUGCCUCAGCCCAGGCUACUCUCCCAUCACCCAGCCUCCAGUCUCAGCUCCAAACCCAGCACUCUGCCCUCCCAGCCUCUCCAGGCCUCCUCGCCAACAUGUCCCUCACCUCCCCUCUAGAGAACCAGCUCCAGGCCCAGUUCCGGCCCCAGUCCCAGCCUGAGUGCUUCCCCUAUCCCCUAGUUUCCCUGAAGCCUGUCUCAGCACCACAGCCUCCUACUUCCCCUGUGCCAGAGAGUCCACUGCAGCCAACAGAGCAGUACACAGCUGUACAAGUUGUACUGGUGGAGGAAGAGGAAGAUGAAGAGGAAGACCAGGCAGAGCCAGAGCCCAGCAUUGAGAAUACAGAGCCAAACCCAAAUAUGGAGGAGGGAGGGGAGGGCUCAGCACAGGAUUCAGACCUUACAUCAUUACAGGAGCCUAUGGCAGAGGAAGGAGAGCAGGCAAAGGAAGCUGGACAUGAGAAGGUCCAAUCCGAUUACAGCCAGGUCUCUGCUGAGCCAUUCCUGGUCGAGCUUUCAGAAGAGGAGCAGGAGCCAGCAGUAACAGAUGCAGAGGUUAUUCUUCAGCUAAUCACACAAAAGGUUGUGGUCCCGUCCACCAAUGGGGUGACCGAUGAGGAGGAGUUGGUGGAACACAAUGGUACAGAGCGAUCCAUGAGUCCACCUGAAAGGGACCAAGGUACUCCAGAGUUGGCUGUUUGUUUUGAUGAAGAGGAGGAGGACUUUGUUGAAGAGAAUGAGGUUGAGGAGAUUUCAGAGAAUGGACAAGAGACGUGUGUAAGAGCUCUCUAUGACUACCAAGCAGAGGAUGAAUCAGAGAUCUCCUUUGAGCCAGGUGACAUCAUAAGUGCGGUGGAGACCGUGGACAAGGCCUGGUGGCAGGGCUGCACUAAAGAUGGACGCCAGGGACUCUUUCCAGCCAAUUACGUGGAGACCAUCUAGACACACACACACACACACACACACACACACACACACACACACACACACACACACACACACACACACACACACACACACACACACACACACACACACACACACACACACUCAGGGACUGAACACUCGUUCCCCUACAUUGAAAACACCAUAGUGUACUUUCUAUAUACAUAGACUUCCUUAGCUUCAAUAGACACACAAUGAACAAACUUCCCUUGGAAUCCAUGCCAUCAUCUGCCCCCAUUCCAACUCGCCUGUGUUGUGGUGGAAGACCGUGUCUCCUGUUCUAUCCAGUUAGACUCCUAACUGUCAGAAACACACAGUUGAGGUCCACCAAGAUGUCUCCUUCGUUCCCUUCACAAGAGGAAGGACUGGGAAAGAGAGGGACCACCAGACGGGAUGUCUGCAGGCUCAAAAUGAGUCCCUCUACAACUACUAUUUUGAUGAUUGUUACACUAAGCGAUACUGUCUGUGUGAAUGUGCCUUUUCCUUGGUACAUUUAACAGUGUUUUCUAUGUUAAUUAACUGAAACGUAAGGGACUGUCUUUCUUGUUUCUGUACUGGUGGUACGGUAUGUGUAUAUAAUCUGUUUUAUCUAAAGCUUUUUUUUAUCCAAGCGGAGUGGUAUUCCUAUAGUACAUUUGAUGCUAAUAGAUAGCAUUAUGUACAUUUAAAAUGCUACUCGUAAUUGUCUUUUUGAAGUGAGAACUUUAAAGUUAAAGGUUUGUUUCUACAAGUGUGCAUGGUUUGUACUCCCUGCAUUUACUCCACAUUUACAAAUAGUACCAUUUACAAACAUAUAAUACUCUUAAACAUUAGCAUAUACAUACAGUAUAUCACAAAAGUAUACAGUAUAUAUCACAUUUUUGUAAAUAUUUGAGUAUAUCUUUUCAUGUGACAACAAUGAAGAAAUGACACUUUGCUACAAUGUAAAGUAGUGAGUGUACAGCUUGUAUAACAGUGUAAAUUUGCUGUCCCCACAAAAUAACUCAACACACAGCCAUUAAUGUCUAAACUGCUGGCAACAAGUGAGUACACCCCUAAGUGAAAAUGUCCACUCACUACUUUACAUUGUAGCAAAGUGUCAUUUCUUCAGUGUUGUCACAUGAAAAGAUAUACUCAAAUAUUUACAAAAAUGUGAGGGGUGUACUCACUUUUGUGAUAUACUGUAUAUAUAUAUUACAGGUCUUGAUUGUUUUUGUUAUUACAUUAAAAGACAUACUAUUUUGAA